UAAAAGAAGCAUAUUUAAGAAGAUCUGCAAACAUUGUUCAUAAACAAAAUUCAUGAUUUCAUGCAGACUUUUACUUAGUUUAUUUUUAUGACAUGUAUAAGAAGUGCUUAAAGAAUGGUUUUAAAUUUAGAAUGUGUUGUUUCACCUGUUUUUAAUGUCUAAAAAUGUCUGUUUUACAUAAAAAAAUAUUCUUAUAGCCUUCAAACAGUGAUGUGUUUCAGUGGGCAUUCGUUUUUAUUAAUAAAGAUUCAUUUUAAUGUGUGUAGAAAAACUAAAUUUUAUUUUGUUUUCAGCUAGUUUGUAUACAGCAAGUAAAAAUUCCGUAGGCCGUUUUUUUAAGUUUGAGUCUUGAAUAUUUUUCUUUCUGGUUCGUCUAAUUUCAUUAUUAAUAGCCGUAUUCUGUCUGUUUGUGUGCAAGAAAACAGUCCUGCUAUGGACAGAGAAAGGGGGAGAGGUAAAGUUGACAGUGUUGGUAGGGGUUAAAAAUGUUGAUUGUGACAUUUGUAAACAAUCCCCUAUAGGUGCAUUUUAUCAGGAGGAACCACAGAGUAACUUCAUAACAUGUGCGCAACAUAACAGUGUGGCAAAUAAGUAAGAUGGGCUUUUCCACGGGCUGAUGCCGGAAAUUAAAGACGGGAAAACUCGUGGAUUUAUCCACUGGCUGUCAAAUAGUACUCAUCUACUAGAAUUUUCUUAUCUUUUAUAUAUACUUCUGUUUUGUCACUUUCACUUUUAUUAUUAAGAGGAAAUACAUUUAUUUUGGUUUAAGUAGUGAUGCACUUAUCGUUUUCUGAAUGAUGCUUAGUUUUGUGAUUCUCUUAUCUCUUAUUAUUUAGCACCGCUACCAAAGUUAAGAAAAUUUGAUACUACUUCCAGCACAUGUAUUAACUAUUGUCAUUAACAUCAAUAUUUACAACCCAUUUACACAUGCUAAGUAUUUAGCAUGGUCUUGAAGCUUACACCCAUCAGCUGUGUAACAUUUUACUAUCAGAACUAUAAAUGCAACAGUAUUCUUGAUGGGUUUUGAAGGUGUUUCCUCAAAUGUGAAAUAUUGAACUUCAUUAUCUUCUUCUCCCAUAUUCGACAAGUUUUUUAAUGUGCACAGAAAAAAACAAAGAGAAUGGUCCAAAGUUAGUCUUGCAAGAAGUAACCUCCCUUCUUUCAAAAAGCGAUAUGUGCGGCAUAUUCAAAAAGUGAUAUAUGUGUAGUAUAGUGUUAAUUCAGGGAAGGUAGUGGGGCUCAGCCAUCUUUUCAGGCAUUUGGCCAAGAUUGAAUAGAAAGAAUAAUAUUAAUGGGAUGCAGAUAUGUAAAUUAUAUGUAACUAUAGUUCUUAUAGCCCAUAAAAGAAUCUACAGGACCGCCUGGUCAUCACAUUUUUGCCUAUCAUAUAUAUAUUACCUAUACCAGAACCCAUUUUCUGUGUUUUUGUUCAACUGGUGGCAUGAAAAUGUCAACUACUUUUUUGGGGGUUCGAAAUAAAGCUGUGGUGCAACCUUUUUGAACAGAAUUCUCAGAAUUCAAAAGUCUCAAAUUUAAUAAUAUAAAAAUUGCUUUGUAAUAAUUCUUUUGUUAUGUAAUUGUAAUCUUAUGUUUAAAACAGACAUAUACAAGGGCUAGUUUUAUGGCAUAAUGCUACUUAUCAGCGCGUUUGUAUAUAAUAUUCUUUGAUGGUGGGACUUAACCUUUGCUGCUGUAAGUGUAAUUUUAACUUAGAAGUGGAUUUGAUUUUUGUAGGUGAGAGUUCUGAUUUUUCUGUGUGUAAUAGGUGCAUCUUUUUAUAUUGUGUGUGCGGAGAACUCCUGCAUAAUACUGUCUUUCUGUUUCUUUUUUUUUAUUUUUUAUUAUAACUCAGACCAACAUUUUUAUGACCUCAUAAAACUUUGUUAUCAGAUAAAAAGCCACAUUAAAAUUCUUUUCAAAUGGGAUAAUCUUAUUAUAAUGAAUGUCGUCAAUGAGAUUUGAAAAGGUUUUUAAAUUAUAAUAACACAUUUAAAUCAAUAGUUCUCAUCUCUUUGGUAAUAAUGCUAUAUAUGUGAAUAAACUUCCUACAAUGUUCAUGAAAUUUUAAAAAGGGAAAUGUGCCACACUGGAAAAGUAUUUCAACCAUUAUGAAUUUGAAAAUAUUUUACACAGUUAUAUGGAAUGUCCUGUUUUUGGCUGGGUAUGACGGUUAUACCAUAUUUGACGUUGUUCGAGCAGCUAGUGGCGUAAAAGACGGAGUUGAACCCUAUGUACCAGUUAAUUAUUUUGCAAACAAAAAUCCACUUUGUUUUUUUACGUACUGUUGGGAUCGGGCAGGGAAAUGCAUGGAAUCAUACCAAUGUUGUGAAUGUCAAUGCAAGAGUAGCAAAACAUUUUUUUCAUCUUCCACAUCGUGUUACAGUGGAGCAGACAUGACGAGUGCAAUGAAUGAUGUUGUUGAUGAAGCAUGUCAUUUUGUUUCCAAAGCAAUGGGAUAUGCUUAUGUACCACUAUUUUCUGAUUCAAAGAAAUUUAAAAACAUUGAAAUAUAUUCUGCCGAUAAAUAUGUGGAGAACAUGAUAUCGUGUCAGGCUGGUCCUGUAUAUGUUUAUGAUUACCAUGGACAUAAGCUGCUGUACCACUGGAAUGAAUGCAAUGAGAUGUUUCACCUCUCCAAGAAAAAUGGAAAAUAUUUUCUUCAAUGGACAUCAGACGUAGAAUCUGAGUGGACAGCAAUUAAAGGCCAGCUAUUAUCCGUAGCUGUGAGUUGCACAUCGAGUAAUACAACACUUACUGGACCAUCAUAUUCAUCAUGUUUCCUCUUUCAAGUAGAAGGCAAAUAUAAACAAGGUGACCACUGGGAAACUCCAUCUAAACGUCCAUUGCAUGCAAAGUGUCCAACAACACAACCAGUAACUACACAGGUCUCCUCCACAACAGAAACAACAAGAAAAGUGACAAAAACAGCAAAAGUGUCAUCAACACAAAUGGUGAAAACAAAAACAACUGUAAUAGCUCCACUAACAUUUACAACAUCAUCUACAACGCAUAAUACUACAAUUGCUGGAAAACCAGAUGGCAAAAACGACCUAAGAACUGUACAUAUUGUUUCUAUAAGUGGAAUCCUUGUUUUGGUUCUUGUGGUGCUGGCUGUGCUUCUUGUUGUGUUUUUCAGGUGUCGAAAGAAACGAAAAUUAAAGAACCAAUCCAGUACUUCUGUUCAUUUGGUCAGAGAACCUGCUAAACCAAACACAUACGUCGACCAUUAUGCUGUUCCAGAUGCUAUUAUAAAACCAGGCCGCACCGAUGAAUCUGGUUAUUUAAAACCAAAUAAUAAAGAAAUGGUGCAAUAUGUUGAUAUGGACGGCAUAAAGGAGAAAAGUGACAUAUGCGGAGGAGGGCAUUACGCAAGUAUUCCUGACGCUAAUGAAUACGAAGAUCCGCUACUUGUAAGAAAGAGUAGUGACAUGUCCAAACGGCCGUUACCACGAAAGCCAACACGAGACUCCAUGAGACAACAAUUACUGGAGAACGAGAAUCCGUAUUAUGUAACAACAGAUUUUUGUCAUGCAGCUAGUCAGAAAAGCGCGGAUGAUAACGACUUGUAUAACAUAUACAGCUCUGUUACUGACCUUCGUAAAUGAUGUGAGCCAAGAUAAGGUUUCAGCCGGGCAAUUGAGUGCAGGAUAUUUUGCCUUAUUUGACUAUUUUUGGAUCGGUUUUCUGCCCUCCAACUUUCGUGAUUGAUGUGCGUGCUUUUCUAUCUAUGAUGACAAGCAGUUCUGUAUUCCCUUGAGUUGCUCUGGAAUCCCUUCAGUUGCUCUGGAAUCUUUUUAGCAUUGCAAAUAUACUUUAAAUAUGCGAGGAUGUUCUCGAAAUGUUCUUAAAUCGUUUUUAAUCACUGUCUGCUUUAAUUUUACUUUUUUUAAGUUUAUUUUUUGGCCAUUUUUACCUUUGAUGACCUGCUGUUCUUUGUUGAUACCUUACGCAAUGUUUGUACUUUGAAUUACAGCUAACUAAAAGAUUGACGAACUGCGUUGGUUUAAAAAUUCCGUUUCGAGCCUAUGCGCAGAGACUUUUGGAAGGGUGUUUUCGAACGAUGUUAACUAGGUGGUAUGUUUUCGCCUAUUAGAGGUUGACAAUUGAAGUUGUUUUCGUCGCUUUUCCUUGUAACAUCAUUUUUCUUAUCGCAGCCUUUUUGUCACUCAAGUGUUAGAAAAUUACGACUGUCUGGUCUUUAUUUUCAGGGUUAAUUUUUCAGAGAACAAAUACUCUUUAAUUUCUUUUCUUACCUAUAUUUUUAUUUAUCUUCUCCAUUAGUAUGUUCAUCGUUUUUUUAUGUUUAAAAUUUGUCCAAUCGUAAUGUUGAUAUUAGCCAUUACGUAAUGAGUACGUCACGUAUUUCUGCCACACCUUGAUAUGCAACUUCUGAUCUUUGCGAUAUUCGCCAAGCUUAGAUGUUGCCUCGGCAACUGUGAGAACCAAUGGAUGAAAGAUGUAUUUAAUUUUUAGCAUUGUUUAAAGUUAUUGUAGUAAUUUUUCAUGCCGAAUAUAUUUAAAUUUUAUUUUUAUAUCGUAUAACCUACAUUUAAAAAAUGUAUCUGAAAAUAUAUUUGUUGUGUGUUACUUUGUGACAUUUUUAUAGAAUAGAUAACUGAAUUUGUAACUAACGGAAUGAGGUUUUUUGUAAUUAUUUUUUCUACUUUAUCCUUCACGAUAUUGGCUUUUGCGAUGGUGCUCAAUGAACGUUGACCUGAUGUAAAUCCAUGUGCGUACUUACUACAAAUGUACAUCCAUGUGCGUACUCACCAUACAUGUACAUCCAUGUUCAUAUUUACCAUAGAUGUCCAUGUUUGUACUUACUAUAAAUGUACAUCCAUGUUCGUACUUACCAUAGAUGUACAUCCAUGUUUGUACUUACUAUAAAUGUGCAUUCAUGUUCGUAUUUACCUUAAAAUGGACGUACAACCAACUUUCUUCCUUUCCACGUGCAAAUUUUUAAAAAUUGGUCCCAUUCGGAGAGCCAUCAUUAAUAGAACCAGUAACAAAGAAUUUUGUAUGCAAACUAGCUAUUUAUUAAUUUUUGAUAAUGUAUUAACCUUGAAGUAGUUUUUGAAUCAUAAUUAAAUAAAUUUUGAUGUAAAUACCAUAAUGAACAUACCAUGUCGUAAGAAGAAUUGCUAGUGUUUAUAGGUCUCUGCAGUUUUUAAGUGGUUUGUUGAUAGUAACCGUUUUUAGUGAUCAUUUUAUGAUUCAUGACGUAUUUAAAAAUUUCGAAUGAAGAAUGUAUUUAAUACUUUAAACCCAGCAAAUAUCGCGCAUCAUUUAUUUUUGCGCUGCAGAUAUUAACGCAAAAUAUAACUAGCGUGCAUUUUAAUGAGACACGAAAUUUGAUGGGUUGUAUAUUUUUGUAUAUAGUUUUGUACUGUUUUAUCAUUUUAUAUUUCUUUUUAUACUCUCAUAAUCUUGUGUAAAUACCGUUUGUUUAACAAAUACAAAACCUGAAACCAGGUAUCUUAUGAAUUUUACUCGAAUACAAGACAUUCUGCUA